CAUCCCCCAAUCCUCCCCGCCUGACACCUCGCCCGGCCGCCGUAACCUUCCGAUGGCCGCCGCCGCCAUCUCCGGCGUAUUAAUACCUCGCGCCGCCGUAUACCACCGCCUACCGCCGCCGCCGCAGCUCCUCGCGGUGUCCUCCACAUUCCGCCGGCUCUCCCUCACCGCCUCCGCUCGCCGGGCCCGGACUGGUCGCCUGGUCCCUCGCGCAGACGCCAGCGCAGAAGCGGGAGAGCCGGAGCCCGCUGCAGAGCCGGAGGCUGAGCCUGUUGCUGCCUCAGCUGACGCCGAGGAGGGUGAGGUUGAGGCUGAGGCGGAGGCGGAGGCGGCUGUCGCGGUGGCUGAGGAAGAGCAGGAGGAAGAUGAGCCCCCGCCGCCGAGCAGGCCUCCGGUUAAGUUCGGCGAGAUCAUCGGGAUUCUGAACAAACAGUUCAUUGAGGAGUCUGAAAAGGUGAAGACUUUACCAGACCUGAGGCCUGGUGACAUCAUCGAGCUUAGGAUGCAACGGCCCAACAAGAGGAGAUUGUCACUCUUUAAGGGAAUAAUCAUAGCAAAGCACAAAUCUGGUGUUCACACCACGAUUCGUGUCAGAAGGAUAAUUGCUGGUGUUGGAGUUGAAAUUACCUUCCCUAUAUAUUCACCCAGGAUCAAGGAAAUUAAAGUAAUCAGGCACAAGAAAGUGAGGAGAGCAAAGUUGUAUUAUUUGAAGCACAAGCUUCCCCGGUUUUCAACUUUCAAGUAAUAGUAGACAUGCUGGCAGAAGAGCUUCUCCCACUAGCAUUGUUAUUUAUCUUAGCAAACACUUUUUAUUUUCUUAUUCAAAUAUAUGCUUUUCACUGUAACACUAAAUUUCAAAUGUGUAAUAUCUACAGCUUUUUUUGGCACAUAUUUUGUCUUGCAGUGGAAAUAUACUUUCUUUGCAGUGUAUAAAGUUUCUACUACCACGUUGUUA